AUGAAAUUCGUGCCGUGGCUGGCCGCGGGCCUACUGGCCUGCCUCACCCCGCUAGUCGGCGCAGAAGACCUGCUACAAUCUCACGCCCUUGAACAGUGUUCCGAUAGUACCGUCAUCACCAUCAACGAGUUCAGUGCCGUCUUUACCCCCAGCAACAACAGCGCCCGGGUGAGCUUCGAUGGCACGGCCACCUAUUCCGGCAAGGUGAUGAUCGACGUGACGUUAUUAGUCUACGGAUACAAUGUCACCACCAAGACAAUCGACCCGUGCGACCUCGAUGUCGAUGCGCUCUGUCCCAUCAAGCCGACCACCUUGAAGGUCCCUAAUGUGAACUUGGAUGUUCCCUCGAGUACCCUGUCGAUGAUUCCAGGUAUUGCGUACGGCAUCCCCGAUCUUGACGCGGUCGUCCGUCUGAACAUCAAGGCAAAGGACACGGGAGCGAAGAUCACCUGUGUCGAAGCUCGGGUCAACAAUGGCAAAACCGUGGAUCAAAUGGGCGUAAGCUGGGCCCUCGCCAUCCUCACCGGCUUGGGGAUCUUUGCGACCAUUAUUGUAUCGCUCCUCGGCCACUCCAACAUCGCCACCCAUAUUUCCUCUCGAACAUUGCUCUUUCUCGGAUUCAUGCAGAGCCAGGCCUUGUACGGAAUGGCCGGCAUCGAACAGCGUCCCAUCGUCCAAUCGUGGACGCAGGUCUUCCAGUGGACGAUGGGUCUCGUGCACGCCGAUUUCCUAGAAACCAUUUGUACCUGGUUCCAACGGGCCACGGGCGGGACCACGUCGACGGUGCUCACCACAGACGACGAAUAUUCGGUCAUUGUGCAGAAGCGAUCGGUCAAUCUAGCAUCGAUCAUGGCGCGCGCUACCGAAUCCAGCAGCAGCGGAGGGGAGCGGAGCGUCCGUGGUAUCGAGCGAGUCGGGUUCCGAAUCAACAUCGAAUCGACUAACAUCUUCAUGACCGGUUACCUGUUCUACUAUUUCGUCACCGUUGUUUUUAUUCUCCUCGUCGUGGCGCUCAAGUUCUGCAUGCCGGCCCUCGCGAAGAAAGUGAAGAGCUCCAAGAUGGAGCGGGUGAUGGUUACGUCGUCUGAUUGGAAGGAUUUCAUCCGUGGAAGCCUCUAUCGGCUCGCUUCUCUUGGAUAUCCUCAGAUGUGCGCGCUGGCCAUGUGGGAGCUCACGCACCGCGAUUCCGCCGCGGAAAUUGUCUUGGCCAUCUGUAUCUGGCUGACGAUGACCGUCCUCAUAGCGUGGGCCAUGUUCAAAGUGUUCCAACGUGCGCAAGUCUCCAGAUCUCUCAGGCAGCAUCCCGCGUACACCCUGUUUUCUGAUGCGACCUGUCUCACCCGCUGGGGCUUCUUGUACAUGAACUACAAGGCUCACACUUAUUACUUCAUGGUCCCACUUUACGUCUACACAGUAGCAAAGGGGAUGACCAUUGCAUUUGGGCAGUCAAACCCCGUGCCACAAGCUAUUGUCCUGCUGAUCCUGGAGGCGGCAAUGCUAGCGGCGACGGCCAUCAUUCGACCAUUUAAUCAUGCCUUGAUGAAUGUCUUGGCCAUUAUCGCCGCAGUUCUCAAUUUCUUGAAUUCUAUCAUGUUUCUGGUCUUCUCCAAUGUCUUCAACCAGGCCGAUAUUGUCAGUGGUGUCAUGAGCCUGCUCUUCUUCUUCUUCAACGCGAUCUUCACUCUCGUCCUCCUCAUCGUCCUCUUGAUCGGGUUCUACUACGUUUUCGCCCUCAAAGAGCCCACCGGCAAAUACCAGCGCCUCACCGACAACCGGGAAUCAAUGCAUAUGGCCGAAGACCGGAGGAGAUCAGAAUUGAUGCCUUUGGAGAAGAACCUUCAGACUACUGAUGGACAUUUGGGAUCCAGCGGCAAUAUUUGGCAGCCGGCAUCCAUUCGCUCCCGAGAUACCAUCGAGAUUCCCUCCCGACAAUCCCUCCAGCCCACGCUUCCGAACGUAUCCAGCAGCUCCAGCAGCUCUUUAAGCACCACGCGAAGAGCUGAAGGGCAAGCGAUUUGA